AUGCCAGGCACAGAGGUCGCCAGCUUCAGGGUCCGGCUGAGGAAUAAGAGCCAGGGCUUCCCAGAAACAGAUGAUUCUUUGGAGGAUAUUUUUUCCCCAUUGCACGGGGUUCAACUAGAUGACCCUUUAGGAUCUCUUCCAAACCUACAUUUCUAUGAUUCAAUUAUCCCCAGGAAGAACAAUUCAGGUACUUCAGCCGUUCCAGAAAUCACAACCAAGUGGUUGCCUUUAUAUAUAUUUUUUAGCCAAAUGGAGGUAGUUCUUGCACAACAAAUGGCUUCCUCUCCCAGAUGGCGCGCCAGGUCUCUCAGUUGCGCGUGUAGGUGGGUGCGAUCGAGAGAAGCGAAAAUAGCAGGAUGGAGUGGAACAAAGCAGUCGUUCGUAGAUGAGCAGAGACGCCAACAGUUGGACCGAAGGAAGGGUUUUGGCCGGCGCAGUUUGUCCCGUUGCUCCCAGACGACGACGAGAGAAGCUGCGCUUUGCCAAAAUUCUCUUCUGCGCAACUACUAUUGCAGCAGCAGCAGCACAGAGGGGCUUUGCAAGAACUUCCUGUACCGAAUGAACAUUACACCCAGUGGCCUCUUUCCCGACAGCGCAGGAAGCUGGCUGCCAGCGAUAAACAGAGGUGGGUGGGUUUUCUCUCCCCCCUCCCCGCCCUUUGACCUAACCCUGCCCUCUGCUGCGCUCUUAGACCAAACAGCUUUCCAGACUGAGGAGGAGAGUCAGAGCCUGGCGCAAUCCCCCGGGCCAGAGAGCUGA